CAGUGACGGCAGUAUUCAUGAACAGCGCAUGCGCUCUGGAACCACACUCAGAGAGAAGAUGGCGGCAGCAGCGAUGGUUCCGAUCUUUGGACAAAAUGUUUCUGAUAAAUACGACCUGGUUCCGGACUGGACCAGCCGGGAAGUCAGCACCGGGACCACCAUCAUGGCGGUGGAGUACGAUGGAGGAGUAGUGAUCGGCGCUGACUCUCGCACAACCACCGGAGCUUACAUUGCCAACAGAGUAACAGACAAACUGACUCCGAUCCACGACAGAAUCUUCUGCUGCAGGUCUGGAUCUGCUGCUGACACUCAGGCCAUCGCUGACGUGGUCACCUACCAGCUGGGCUUCCACAGCAUCGAGCUGGACGAGCCCCCAUUGGUGGAGACGGCUGCCAACCUGUUCAAAGCCAGCUGCUACCGAUACAGAGAGGAGCUGACUGCAGGGAUCCUGGUGGCAGGCUGGGACCGCAGGAAGGGAGGACAGGUGUACUGCGUUCCCAUUGGAGGGAUGUUGGUGAGGCAGCCGGUGUCGGUGGGCGGCAGCGGCAGCAGCUACAUCUACGGCUUCAUGGACUCCAACUACAAACCGGGACUGAGUAAAGACCAGUGUCUGGAGCUCACUGCUGCAGCUCUGUCUCUGGCGAUGGAGAGGAGACGGCUCCAGUGGCGGCGUGGUCAGACUGGCAAGCAUCUCUGAGGAAGGAGUGGAGAGACGAGUUCUACUGGGAAACCAGCUGCCCAAGUUCUCUACACACUGAUACACACACUGACACACACACACACACACACUGAUACACACACUGACACACACACACACACACACACUGAUACACACACUGACACACACACACACACACACACACUGACACACACACACUGACACACACACACACACACACACUGACACACACACUGACACACACACACACACACACUGAUACACACACUGACACACACACACACACACACUGAUACACACACUGACACACACACACACACACACUGAUACACACACUGACACACACACACUGACACACACACACUGACACACACACACUCACACACACACUGACACACACACACUGAUACACACACACACACACUGAUACACACACACACACACACUGACACACACACACACACACUCACUGACGUGUCAACGUUUGUUUUGUUAAUAAAGUUUAAAUCGGU